AUGCAGCGUUACUCUAGCGCCAUAGCCAAGGCCUCGUCGUCAGCUUACCGUGGCCUAAUGCGACGGAGCCACGUGGUGGUGCCGAACGUCGACGUUUUCAUCAACCACCGCGGGAUCGACACCAAGAGGACGGUGUCGGGGCUGCUGUACGACCACCUGUCGGCGGGGCUCCGGGUCAACUCGUUCCUCGACAGCAAGAACAUGAAGCCCGGCGACCGGCUCUUCGACAACAUCGAGGCGGCGAUCCGGCGGUGCAAAGUCGGCGUCGCCGUGUUUUCGCCGCGGUACUGCGACUCCUACUUCUGCCUCCACGAGCUGGCGCUGAUGAUGGAGUCGAGGAAGCGGGUCGUCCCCAUUUUCUGCGACGUGAAACCGUCGGAGCUUUUUGUUAAGGACUUUGGCGACUGCCCGUCGACGGAGCUCCGGCGGUUCACCCGCGCGCUCGAGGAGGCCAAGGACUGGUCGGAAUUUAUGAGGACGGCGACGGACGCCGUGUUGAAGAACUUGAUGGAGGUGGAAGGAGGCGGCCGCCACCGUCAGCUUGGGUACUCCGACAAGAACCGUAAAUAUAUUGUGCAGAAGAUGAUGAAUCGCCGCCGUUGA